GAAGACGGGAUGGACUAUAAAGAGCUCGUCUUCCAGCGGCCCGCGUGGGACUUGUCGACCGACACCGGCUGCGUUUUGCAUUUCCGCCAGGCGGUUGACCUAAGUUUAUACCAUAUGCGUGACCCGGAUUUUGCCGCGCCAGUAGCUUUCUUCCACCGGCUCGGGUCAUUGCGACCGCAGUGGAGCGAACGGCCUGGAAUUCCUCCAGAUCAGGUGGCGCAGGCCUUCGCGACCAAGACUCUGACCCUGGGGCCUGAGGAUCUGCGUCUUCCAAGAGUCAUGAUGGAUGUGGCUUCUGUCGUAGUCGACACAUAUCUACCCCCCGACGAACUCUCCUGGCACCGUUGGGGCAUCCCGGAUCACGUCCGCCGCUUCUACCUUCUCGAUGCGCCGCCUGAUUUCCGUGAUGGAUACAGAAACCCUCUCCACGCCACGCCAGUCUGUAAGCCUUGUUUCAACAGCUAUGCUGUGGCCGCGGAGUACGACCUCUGCCACCCUUGCCUCCCGGAGCGAGACGCUGUGGAUGCUGAGCAAGGACGCCCACAGCCCGAGGACGACCAAGGGCGCCGGGGUUCUUAUUCUUCUUCUGCCUUCAGUCCUCCAAGUCGCCUGUGAUCUCUAUUGUGUAUAUCCGGGCGCGCCCUCUUUCUUCCCUUAGGCCUUCUCUGUUUCGCGUCUUCCUUAUUUUUCGCUCUAAUGCGCGUCCGCUUCUCUUUCGUGCUUUCCCUUCCACGCGGACGAGAGUGGCGCCCACUCCCGCCUCGGUUUUUCGUGCCUUGUCCUCUAUGUCGUAUCCGAUUGUGAGCGACUUCCCAUUCGUCCUCACACCCCUUGUCUGUCGCUUGCGCCUACCUCUUCUCUCCCGGAACACCCUUCGCACCGUUCCCCUGAGUACAUGCAGUAAGAUCCGUGAUUUUGUGUAAUAAAAAAGCUCACGUCUUUUCCCACUCAAAUUUAUUGCAACACUAUCCUCACUCUUCAGACCAUUCUUCUUCACUUCAGGUCAUUAAUUUCGCACAAAUUGCCGCCAAGUAACCUACUGGUUGGAUGGAGACGCGGCAUGAUAUUACUGGACUGAAAGGAGCUGGAGUAUCGUUGAUGGUCGGAAGCAAAGAAGUGCAGUGCUAAUCUAGGUAAGCUAUUUCGUUUGGUGGUGCAAUUAGAUUGAGUGAGAUUGAUUGACGUGCCAUGUUGAUGCUCCUUCAUCCAAUACCUCGGCUGUUGCAUCGUGUGUCACAUCAUCACCCUCUACGCCUUCUUAUCCAGGUUUUCUACGACGAAUAGUGGCAGCGUAAACAGCAUGGACAAGGCUUGAAGAUAUGAAGUAUACUGAGCGCUAUAGACUUCUUCCCGUGGCAGUGUGCGAAUUAUAUUACAAACAUGAACGAUGAAGUUGACCAAUUUGCAUCCAAUUUUUUCGUAUAUCAGGAGUGGUGACGUGUUUUCUUGUGCAAGUAUAUGCUGGAUGGUUUUUCUUUGAGAGGAUAUGACCCCACGAAUUUGGAUGCAUGAUCGUUCAAGACGAGAAAGAUAAAGGCUGCGACUGUGCUGGUGAUUGUCACUCAGCGUGCAUGCAUUUCAUGACCUUUGAUGAGAUAGAAUGGCACGCCAAGGAGCUUCACUACAGGCGAAGCAAG